AAUCCACCCUUCCCCACCCCCUUUUCAUAAACACUUACAAAAAAGCGACGCCAAUGGCUGGAAUCCUUUCCUAAUCCGGAGCCAGUAAACCGUCACAUCCGCACGGCCAGUCCAGGGAGCAACCAGCGAUGAUCAAGGUGCAGCCACCACCGGAUGUGGCCGGUGGCUACCAUAAUCUCCGAUGCGGCGAGGUCUUGUUCAGUGCACCCGCCUCCUACGAAGUGUGCUGCUCGCUGUGCGACCAGCGUUUGUCGUUGGACGGCUACCCGGAACACUUCCGGAUGAAGCACUUCACGGCGAGCUCCAGCCCGCUGAGUUGCACCGCGCUGGAAAGCGAUCCCAUUGCCCAGGACUCCAGCGAAGUGCAGGGCAAUGAGAAGCUAGUCGAGGAUCUUGGAAAGGAAGCUAACCGGGACUCUGAGGAGGAGAGUGGUCCGCGGCAGCGUUACCAGCGGGCGGCGGCCAUGAAGAACACCCUGGUGGAGACUCGGGAGGAUUUGCUGGACAUCGAUUCCCAGUGGACGGCCGCCGAGCAGCCGGAGAAUAAUGAAACUCACGAGGAGGAGGAGGACGAGGACGAAUCGGAUGAUGAUGAUAGCGCCCAGCCCAGCAACGACACCAAGGACAUGUUGUUCCAGUGCGAUCAGUGCGACCGGGCGUACAACACCAAACGCAGCUUGCAAAGCCACCGCCGCCUGAAGCACAGCGAAGCCACCGACGGAGUUCAGGAUAAGUCCGCCAGUGAGCGCAAGAGCAAGAAGCGGAAAGGUCCACCGAAAGUGUACAAAUGCAACGAGGAAGCCUGCAACCAGACGUUUCGCACCGAACGCGAUCUGCGCGGCCAUCGCUGGAAGCACACUGGGAUCUUUUGCGACAUUUGCGGCAAACCGUUCACCCAGUCGGGCAACAUGAUGCGCCACCGCCAGCGGCACAGUGGCAUCAAGCCGCACAAGUGUCCGGAAUGCGAUGCCACCUUUUACACGCAAAAGGAGUUGUCCUCGCACAGCAUCUGUCAUACGGGUCGCAUGCCCUGCAUCUGCGAGGUGUGCGGACGACCUUGCCGAGAUCGUGGCGUUCUCACUGCUCACAUGCGUCGUCAUACGGGCGAGAGGCCGGCCAAAUGCGAUGUGUGCGGCAAGGCAUUCUACAGCUUCCAUGACCUCAACGUGCAUGCCGUUUCGCACACCAAUUUGCGGCCCUUUGUCUGCGACGUUUGCGGCUCCACGUUCCAAAGGAAGAAGGCGCUGCGUGUGCACAAGCUGCUCCACUCCGAGCAGCGCAAGUACGCCUGCAGGCUGUGCGGCAAGACGUUCGCCCAAUCCGGCGGUCUAAAUGCCCACAUGCGCAGCCACGAUCCGGCGAGAGUUAAGGCAGCUGUGAAGCCACUGCCCCAAUCGGUCACCAUCGAGGUGAUCGAGGGCAAGAGUCCGCCCACCACCACCAUCACCAUGGCCAUCGACCUCAAUGUGGAGGAGCAGCUGGUCACGCAAACCGAGAACGCUCCCGCCUCGUGGCGCCUGGCCAACUGAGUAGCUAGCUAGAAUUAGGAUUAGGUUAGAUGUAGUUCAUCAAUAAGUUCCAAAUUGCGCCAUAAUAAAUGAGAGAAACGAA